AUGGAUGAUGAAGAGAUAAGGUAUCCAGGCAACCAAUUUGAUAGUACUUACAGUGGGAAAAAGCCAUAUUUGAAUCAAGAAAGAGAAGUUAUACUGGAAAAUGGAAUGAUUUUUCCAGAUGUGCAUAGCUUCAGAGCUAGAUUGAGGGACUACACAGUUCAGGCUGGUUUCAAGAUAGUUAGGGACAAAAAUGAGAAAGCCAGAGUGACAGCCCAUUGUGUUGCUGAAGGAUGCCCUUGGAGAAUUCAUGCAUCUCCUCUUCCAGAUGGGACCACUUACAAGAUCAAAACCUUGAUUGCCAAGAAAUUGGUUGAUAGUUUUAAGGAGAAUCCACACAUGGGGUUAGACACUAUGCUAGUGAAGCUUAACAAACUUUAUGGGAUUGAGGCCUCAAGAAUGCAAUUGUAUAGAGCCAAAAGGAAGUGCAAGGAGGAGCUAGAGGGUGAUCAUGGCAGCGAGUAUGUGUUGUUGCCAACAUAUGUUGAGGAAAUUAAGAAAACAAACCCUAGUAGCUUAGCUGUCAUAAAUUAUGGAUUGCCUCCUACCCCAGUCUCAGAAGAUGAAGAAGAACCAGACCCUACUCCUAUUCCUCAAUAUCCAUUGUUCCAAAGAAUCUUCAUAUCAUUUGAGGCAAUGAAAAAAGGGUUUAUUGAUGGAUGUAAGCCCUUCAUAGGGGUGGAUGGUUGUCACUUGAAGGGUCCCUAUGUUGGAGUGUUAAUUUCAACAGUUGCCUUAGAUGGAAAUAAUGGUUUGUUUCCAUUAGCAUUAGCAGUAGUGAAGGGUGAAUGUAAGGACAACUAG